CAUGCUCAUUGUGCUCACAAUUAUUGGUACUAUAUUCAGUAAAGUACCACUGAGAGAACUUGAUAGGGAAAUUCGAUGAUCUCCCUCCAGGCUUCGUGUAUACGAAGUAAACAUAAUAUUCUCUUCAGAACCUGGGCCUUUCCUAAGCCUGUCAAUGUCUACUCUCGCUCCUCUUCUCUCUCGGCUAUCCACCGCGGGUUGCGCAAUUCGGAGAAGGCUAGGCCACAAGGUUUUAACAGAGAUUCCUUGAAUACGGCUCGGCCAGGCAGGACAGAUCGGUAUGGAAGGGAUAGUCGUCAAGAAAAUCCAUCCUUCAAAGUUACGAAAGGCAAAAAGGACAUUACAUACAAGGGUCCAGAACCAAAGUCGAGAGCAGCACGUUUCUAUGAUCCAAAGGAAUCAUUCGGGAAGAAAAGUUUAGUAUAUCAACUAAAAAACAAGGAAAGAUCUACCCAUAAUGAAAGAGAUAGUGGACUGUCAAAGGCUCAGUUUAUGAAGGAUUUCAAUUCGGGUCCAGGGACUACGGGAGCCAACAGAAAAGGACCUCGGAGUUAUACACCAUACAAGUCAGAAAACCCACAUUCAUCAUCUCGGUUCGGUUCGGAACGGCCACCUAGGAGAGAACCAAAUGAGCGAGGAGCUUAUAGAUCUACUCGAACCGAAUCAUUCAGGGAAACAUCACGGUACCCACCCCGUUUCGACAAGCCUCGCAAAAUACCGGCGCCGUGGGAACAAAGGGGUUCAGCCAAAACCAGGAAGCCUUAUCAAUCAACUUGGGACAGAGAGACUACCCCGGGAUUUCAACGGUGGGACCGUGAUUCUCAACCUCCAACAGAACGGCAAGGAGCCAGUGAGGAUGAGCAAACAUCGUUCCGCCCCAGCCUGCCAAAGGAUGCACCCGUUCGCAUUCCACGUACCACUGCGGCAUCACAGUUCUUGUAUGGCUACUCGAUAGUUGAAGCUGCUCUGAAGGAAACGCGGCGGCAAAUUUACAAACUCUAUCUAUACUAUGGGGAUAGCCCACAGCUUAUUGCUCGAAGUGCUGGCUUGGAGAGAAAGGCAAGCCAAGCUGGCAUCCCUGUCGAGAGAGUAGAAGACACUGCUGGCCUACGCAUGAUGGAUAAGAUGAGCGAGGGUCGACCUCACAAUGGUUUUAUCCUCGAAGCUUCUCCAUUGCCACAGCUACCAGUCAGGAACCUUGGUCCGCUAACCAAAGAGCCGGCCACCGGCUUUACUCUCGAACUGGGUCACCAGACCGCCGAAGAAGCCCAAGUUAAUGGUACCUCCAACUUUGUCAAAUACGUCCUUCCACUCAACCGUAAACCGUUUGUUCUAUUAUUAGACGGCGUCCAGGAUCCGGGGAACUUGGGCGCUAUCUUACGAUCGGCAGCAUUUCUAGGAGUCAACGCUGUUGGGAUUACAAAAGGCCACACGGCUACUCUGACAUCUGUAGCCGUGAAGGCAUCCGUUGGUGCAUCCGAGGUCACACAACUAUUUUCAAUCAGUUCCAUGCUCGAUUUUCUUACCAAGUCUAAGGAGGCUGGCUGGGUUGUUUAUGCCGCCGUAGCGCCGACCGGUCGACCUAGGGAAAGUAAGAACAUCACGUUGGACAGACUAGAUACCUACGACCCAUUGUCGGCCGAGCCUACAAUCCUAAUCGUCGGAAGCGAAGGUGAGGGGCUUGACAAAAAGACGAGACGGAUAGCAGACUUCGAAAUCUCAAUUCCGAACCAUUCUGGAUCUACCAUGGUAGAGAGUCUGAACGUCAGCGUCGCAACGGCCAUUCUCUGCUCCGCUUUCUUGAAGAGCCAGUUUUCUGGAGGAAAAUUGGAUAAUGAAUCUGAUAAAUUGUGGUAAUGCCUAAUGUUCAUGAGACAUUUGUAUGACUAUCAUGUACUAUAGGGAUGGGAUGUCUUGACGAGACAACCCCGAUUUUAUGGACUGGGUUCUUAGGCAUAUGCACGAGGAAUGAGGCGACGGGAUAACUUCAACCCUAUACUUAGAACAUACCUCAUACAUUAGGUAGGUUAGGUACAGAGAGAAUUCUCUGCAGUGAGUUCAAUUAGAUACGGGAGCAGCUGUAUACCUACCUAUGCAACUACUCCGCUCAAAAUAAAAGAUUCCAAUGAUCAACCCUAA